AGAUCGAUUGGUUCACGGAAAAUAAUUAGACAAUUAGAACAACUUCUUCGAAACUUCCUAUUGCUCUCUCUAUUCUAAAUUUCUAAUGCUGGGUAGGCAGUUUCUAUGCCAAGUCAAGCAAGAAGGUAAACUCUAAUAAAGAGGCAUAUAUUUGGUGGUGGCGCUGGUAGUUGGUUAGGAGACACAGCAGAAGCAGAAGAUGGCGCUGGGUGACUCUAUCGGACUUAAGGAAGAGCUGAUCAAAAAAGCUUGUAAUUUAGCCAUGAAGGCUCAUCUCAAGUCGCCAGAGAAGGCGUAUAUUUGGGAAAAGACGACGCGCAGCUCAACAGAAGCAGUCUGCGCCUUUCCUGGAACGUGGGCCGUGACUGAUUGGUACAGUAGAAUGCCUUUUGGGGAAACCAAGAUCAAUAUUGCCUUGUUUCCGUCUCUCAAGAGUAUUGGCAUGGAUGAGCUAGCUCUAGUAAAUGAAGCUUUUUCUUCCAGAUUUGAACAACUUUUAUGCAAUUCGCAGCUGGAGAGGGAGGUGGAAAAAGCAUUGUCGGACAGAAAGCAGAUAGUGUUCGCCGGACACUCCUCAGGUGGUCCAAUUGCCUCACUAGCGACCAUCUGGUUUUUGGAGAAAUACGUAAGGACUAACAAUUACCAGAAACCGCCUUACUGUGUGACUUUCGGAUCCCCCCUUGCUGGAGACAGAAUUUUUUCGCAUGCUCUCAGACGAGAAAAUUGGGCUCGCUAUUUUAUACAUUUUGUCACGAGGUAUGACAUUGUGCCUCGCGUCAUGUUCUCUCCUCUUUCAUCCAUUGAAGCGGGACUGCAGCAAAUCCUCCUCUACACAAGUUCAAAAUCUCCAUACUUUCAGAAUGAAUCCAUUGGAAAUUCCAGUGGUGUAACAUCCUGUUUUAUGGUUGUCAUGAGAAAUGCAUCGGCUGUAGCUAGCCAUGCUGCUUGUCAUCUCAUGGGAUGCACAAAUUUGUUGUUGGAAACUGUGUCCAGCUUUAUCGAACUCAGUCCAUACAGACCUUUUGGCACCUAUAUCUUCUGCACUGGAAAUGGAAAAUCAGUUAUCCUUCAGAAUCCAGAUGCAAUCCUGCAGCUGCUGUUUUAUUCGGCUCAGCUAAGCUCUGAAACAGAAAUUGCGCGCGUUGUUUAUAGAAGCUUAAACGACAAUUUGAGCUAUGAAAAUGAUUUACAGGAUUGCUUAGAAAUGCAAAAUGUUGUUCAUUUGAACAAUCUUUUGGAACUUCCUUUGUCUUCACAUGCCAACACAAAUGAUGAAGCAGCACAAUUGAACACUGUUUUGAACGAUCUCGGCCUGAGUUCAAGAGCAAGGCUGUGUCUUCGUGCUGCUGGGGAGUUGGAGAGGCAGAAAAUACAAAACCAAGUCAAUAUUGAUUCCAACAGGGAUAGCAUACGAAAAGGACUAAACGAGAUACAAGCGUACCAGACCAAAUGUGAAGUGCGCAAGGUAGGUUAUUAUGAUGCCUUUAAGCUUCAGAAAGACAUAAACGACUUCAAUGCUAAUGUCAAGAGACUGGAGUUAGCAGGAAUAUGGGAUGAAAUCAUCGAAAUGUUAAAAAGAUGUGAACUUCCAGAUGGAUUUGAGGCUAGGAAAGAGUGGAUAGAACUUGGAACCAUGUUUAGGCGGUUGGUUGAACCUCUGGACAUUGCCAACUACUAUAGACACUUAAAGCAUGAAGACACAGGACCUUACAUGGUAAGGGCUAGGCCAAAACGUUAUAGAUUUACACAAAGAUGGCUCGAACAUGCUGAGAAAAUGCAAGCAGGAUCGAGCUCAGAGUCAUGUUUCUGGGCUGAAGUGGAGGAACUCAGAGCAAAGCCAUUCGAAGAAAUGAAGGAGAAGGUUGUCAGCUUGGAGAGACGAACAUUGAACUGGAUACACGACGAUCAUCUAAGCAGAGAUGUUCUCUUUGAGGAAUCAACCUUUUGCAAAUGGUGGAGAAAUCUUCCUCCCAAACAUCAAUCUGAAUCUUGCAUUGCAAGGUUGAUGAACAACAUUUAGAGAAGCCUUGUUCCUGCUUUGGCUUUCAUCUUCUGCACUGUCACAAGUUAAGAAGUUUUUCUUCAUCCUCCGCGUAGCACCCAAAAGUACAUUAUCCCAAAAAAGUGACAUGUCUUGGUACUUAAAUAUAUUGGCAAAUGUUAACUUUUAAUACUUUUUGCUCUUAUCUUUAAAAAUGGCUGUUGAAAAUGGUUUUUACAUCGAAACCAUGGAUAUUGUUAA